CGGCCGCGGCAGAGGCGCGGGGCCACCCACCCCGCCGCGCGCCGCACUCCGAGGCCAUGGACAAAGCGCGGCCGCUGUGGGACACCCCGCUGCAGUUCGUGUUCGCCUGCAUCUCGUACGCCGUGGGCCUGGGCAAUGUGUGGCGCUUCCCCUACCUGUGCCAGAUGUACGGCGGAGGUAGCUUCCUGGUGCCCUACCUCAUCAUGCUCAUUGUGGAGGGCAUGCCGCUCCUGUACCUGGAACUGGCAGUGGGGCAGCGCAUGCGCCAGGGCAGCAUUGGUGCCUGGAGGACCAUCAGCCCCUACCUGGGUGGCGUCGGGGACAGGGAGAAAGGGAGGAUACGGCCCCCGCCUUGGAGAGCUGAUGCCACAUGGCUUCUCUUCCCUGGUCUCAUCUGUGUGGCCAGUGUGGUGGUGUCCUUCUUCCUCUCCAUGUACUACAAUGUCAUCAAUGCCUGGGCCUUCUGGUACCUCUUCCACUCCUUCCAGGAUCCCUUGCCGUGGUCUGUCUGCCCACUGAAUAGCAACCACACAGGCUAUGACGAGGAGUGCGAGAAGGCUUCCUCCACGCAGUACUUUUGGUACCGCAAGACCCUCAACAUCUCACCAUCCAUCGAGGAGAAUGGGCCAGUGCAGUGGGAGCCAGCGCUCUGCCUCAUCCUGGCUUGGCUGCUGGUGUACCUGUGCAUCCUGCGGGGCACCGAGUCCACAGGCAAGGUGGUGUACUUCACGGCGUUGCUGCCCUACUGCGUGCUCAUCAUCUACACUGGUCAGGGCCUCACCCUCCAUGGAGCCACCAAUGGCCUGGUGUACAUGUUCACUCCCAAGGUGGAACAGCUGGCCAACCCCAAGGCCUGGAUCAAUGCAGCCACCCAGAUCUUCUUCUCGCUCGGCCUGGGGUUUGGCAGCCUCAUCGCUUUUGCCAGCUACAACGAGCCCUCCAACAACUGCCAGAAGCACGCCGUCAUCGUGUCCCUCAUCAACAGCUCCACCUCCAUCUUUGCCAGCGUCGUCACCUUCUCCAUCUAUGGCUUCAAGGCCACCUUCAACUACGAAAGCUGCCUGAAAAAGGUGAUUCUGCUGCUGACCAAUGCUUUCGACCUUGAAGAUGGCUUCCUGACGGCCAGCAACCUGGAGCAGGUGAAGGGCUAUCUGGCAUCUGCCAACCCCAGCAAGUACAGCGAGGUGUUGCCACAGAUUAAAAACUGUAGCUUGGAAUCAGAGCUGGAGACGGCCGUCCAGGGCACUGGCCUGGCUUUCAUCGUCUACACCGAGGCUAUUAAAAACAUGGAGGUGUCGCAGCUGUGGUCAGUGCUCUACUUCUUCAUGCUGCUGAUGCUGGGCAUAGGGAGCAUGCUGGGCAACACGGCCGCCAUUCUCACCCCUCUGACUGACAGCAAGCUUAUCUCCAGCUACCUGCCCAAGGAGGCCAUCUCAGGUCUGGUGUGCCUCAUCAACUGUGCCAUCGGCAUGGUGUUCACCAUGAAGGCCGGCAACUACUGGUUUGACAUCUUCAAUGACUACGCUGCCACACUGUCCCUUCUGCUCAUUGUCCUGGUGGAGACAAUCGCCGUGUGUUACCUGUAUGGGCUGAGGAGAUUUGAAAACGACCUCAAGGCCAUGAUGGGACACACUCUGAACUGGUAUUGGAAGGUCAUGUGGGCUGGCGUGAGCCCGCUGAUCAUCAUCAGCCUCUUGCUCUUCUACCUGAGUGACUACAUCAUCACGGGGACCCUGCAGUACCAGGCCUGGGACGCCUCCCAGGUAUCUGCCUUCUUGGGGCCCAGGCUCGCUCAUGAGCACAGACCUCUAUUCUUUUGAAAGUAAGGAACUCUCGCCAGGGUGUGGAAGGUUAUUUCUCACAAUGUGGAAUCACCAUCCAGGUACUUUGAACCACUUGGCCAGGAUGGCAGAGUAUGGCUCUGAGUUUUUCACCAUGUGCUGCAGGGAAGAGAGUAAGAUUCCCUACAGAACUUCCUGGGGGACUGGAAGGCAAGCUCCCCCACCCCUCCCCAAAGCAUGGAGCAGCUGGGUGGGGCAGUGAGUAGUUAACAUCCCAAUUGCUGGAUCUUGGGAGCAUCUGCUUGCCAACCAAUGACUGAUGCUAACAGUGGUGCAUGUGGCCUGAGGGACAGCCCUGGCUAUCUGCCCAAACUUUCACAGUAAAGAUGUACUGAGCAAGGAGAGUAAUACCAUUGGCCACUUUGGAUUUCUGCUCCUGUGAGAAGAUGAGGCUGCCCUUUAGCAUAUGGUGUGUGUGGAUCAUGUAGAUGGGGAGGUAGGGAGGGGCUUUGUGCUCCAAUCCCCACAACGCGGAGGCUCAGGGUGUCUCCUCCAAUCCAUGGCAGGCUGAUGCGUGUAGGAAAUGUAUGAGAUGUAGGAAUGUAUGAAGGUGUAGGAAAUGAGGGAAACUAUGAAUUACUUAAAGCAAUAUCAAAUACACACCCUGAACAGUUAUUAGAUUCAGCCUACAGAAGAUUGUGCUGUCAAAUUGGGUGAAUUGUUUCUAAACAUUUCCUCCCAAUUUUGUACUUAGCACAAAGGAUACAGAGUAACAGAUGAGCACCACGAAGUCUGUGGGGUGGUGCACGGCUGCAUGGCAUUUUGCUUUAUAAACCACACUUUGGCUGACAGCAAGCCCGUGCUCUCUGGACUUAGCUGUGGCCUGGCUCCUUUGCAGAAAGGUGGCAUUUAUUGGCUUUGGGGCCUUAGCUUCUCAUCACUUUCAUGGUUGGUUGAUAAAAUAAUGGAUGUUUCCCUAAGUCCUGAGGUCUGUCAAAACUUUACUGAGAUGAGAGAUGUGUUGCUAGAUAGAGGAGCUAAUCCCCACAUGUGGCUAUUUAAAAUUGUAUUUAAUUUUAAUGAAUUUAAAUUUGUUUUUUAGUAUCACUGUCCAGAUUCCCAGUGCCCAAUGGCUACCUGUGUUUUCUGGCUGCCAUAUUGGACAGAAUUUCUCUCAUCACAGCUCCGUUGGGCAGCACUGGGCAAAGGUGUCCCCUACAUUUGGUCUUGAACACAAUAAGCCUUUGAUUAUUCUUGUGACUGCGCUUUACAGGUAGCUUCAAACAGUAUGCAGGUUCGUUGAAGUUCAUGGAGGUGAAAGCAGAUGGGGGCGUCGGUCUGCCCGGCAGCCUCACUACUGAGCUGCAUGCAGAGCUGGGGUGCCUCAUAGGCACUGCUUCUCUUGCUUAAGGGCCUGAGGCCUGGAUGGGUGGCACCCUCAGAAGGGUCUGCAUGGGUGGCUCUCUUCUGACACUUGGCUUCUUUCCUCAGGGCCAGCUUGUGACCAAGGAUUACCCCGCCCUAUGCACUGGCCAUCAUUGGGCUGCUCGUGGCCGCCUCCAUCAUGUGCAUCCCCCUGGUAGCCCUGGGGACUUUCAUUAAGCAUCGCCUCAAGCAGGGAGCC